UUUCCCACCCUAAUGAGAGAGGAGGGAAAGAGAGAGAGAGAGAGAGAGGUUUAAGAAAUGAGCUCGGAUUAGUUUGGACUGCUGAAGAAACCCGGGAUUUAUAUCAGGGACGGGAUUUAUAUAAAUUAUUCGGAGCUGUGGAGGAUUAUGGAGUUUAUGAAGUGGACGUCGCGCGCGCUCCAUUCAUUAACGUUUACUCCUGGGAAGAUUUAGCAUGUUAGCAUCGCAGUUCGCAGUUGUGUAUAGGAGUAUACAAAUAGUAUGUAGGAGAAAAAAGUGUUUGCGAUUUAAUCUGUUUUAAACUUAGCUCAUGGCUCCUGAACUGAUAAUGACGUGUAUUGUGAAGUCAGAUUGAAAAAGCGAUACGUUUGUGCGCGGGGAAAACGGCUCGCGACCAUUCAGUUUCCUCUCUACGCACAACUUUUUAAACGUUUUUUUUUUUUUUUAAGCUCAUGACCAUAGAGCACCUUAAACACCCCGCAAUCCUUUCAUACUUGUUUAAAAUGGCUGAUGAUAAUGACCUAACAGGAGCGUCUGAGUUUCUAAAAGAUCGGCUCUAUUUUGCCACGCUGAGAAGCAAACCGAAGAGCACAGCAAACACACACUAUUUCUGCACAGAUGAUGAGUUUGUGUAUGAAAACUUUUAUGCAGAUUUUGGACCUCUCAACCUUGCCAUGCUGUAUAGGUACUGCUGUAAACUCAACAAAAAGUUAAAGCUGGCCAGGUGUAGUUACCUCAUGUGUUCAUGUUUUGGAAUGUUGAAGUCUUUCACACUGACCAGGAAGAGGAUUGUGCACUACACCAGCUUCGAACAGCGCAAGAGGGCGAAUGCUGCUGUCCUCAUUGGUGCCUACUCCGUGAUUUACUUGAAGAAAACUCCGGAGGAAGCGUACAGAGCUUUAAUCUCUGGCUCUAAUGCCUCUUACCUGCCAUUCAGGGAUGCAUCAUUUGGAAAUUGCACAUACAACCUGACCGUUCUUGACUGUUUGCAUGGAAUCAGGAAGGCCCUACAGCACGGCUUCUUGAACUUUGAGACGUUUGACGUGGCUGAGUACGAGCACUAUGAGCGUGUAGAGAAUGGAGACUUCAACUGGAUCGUCCCCGGCAAAUUCCUGGCGUUCAGCGGGCCGCACCCAAAGAGCAAAGUAGAAAAUGGCUAUCCACUCCAUGCCCCCGAGGCCUACUUCCCAUACUUCCGCAAGCACAACGUCACCACCAUCAUCCGCCUCAACAAGAAGAUCUACGACGCCAAGCGCUUCACAGAUGCCGGCUUCAACCACUAUGACCUGUUCUUCGUGGAUGGCAGCACACCCAGUGACGUCAUCACACGCAGAUUCCUACAUAUCUGUGAGAGCACGGAUGGUGCCGUCGCUGUCCACUGCAAGGCCGGUUUGGGCAGGACAGGCACGCUGAUUGGCUGCUACCUGAUGAAACACUACCGAUUCACUGCAGCUGAAACCAUCGCUUGGAUCCGUAUCUGCAGACCCGGCUCCGUCAUUGGACCCCAGCAACAAUUCCUAGAGGAGAAGCAGACGAAUAUGUGGGCUCUGGGAGACGUGCUUCGCUCUAAGCAGCAGAAAUCGCGGGUGUAUGAGGAAAACGUUCCUUGCCUCAUCUCUAGCAUGGAUGACCUGACCAUCAGUAGCAGCUUCCUCAGAUCCAGCAGCAUGGAAGAGAGCAGUGAAUACAGUGAAAACGGUCUCGGCAUGACUCAAGGAGACAAACUACGGGCCUUAAAGGGCCGGAGGCAGCCCAGGUCAUCCACCUCCACAACUCUGAGACUGACUGGCUCCAGUACUCAUGGCCCAAGUUCCCCCCUCAAACCCUCCAAAUUGCCAUCCCCUUCCCCCACUUCCACCACUACCUCUGCUUCGGCCAAGAGAAUCAGCCGAAUCUCUCCUUCCUCAGCCAAUCUCAAGAGCUCCUGUCUAAACUCCAGAUUAGCCACUUCAUUAGGCAACCUGUACGUCAUCGCUGGAGACUCUGGGAAUCACCCUCGACCCUCGUUUGCAUCCUCGUCUCCGUCCUCAUCUCUGUCCUUCCCUGUCCCCCGUGCCACAUUUGCCAGCAUCUCGGGUCUGGCUGCACACAGGUUGCACUACGAAGUCAACAACAACAGUGAUCAGUAUAGCACCUCCAAUGCCAAUUCCAAGAUCUCGGCAUUCAGCAAUCACAACUGCAGCAGCCUGGGUGGAGCCUCCAGAACUGGGAGGUUUGGCUUGAAGGAGCCAGGUCAGAAUCCGGUCACCGCAGGUCUGAGUCAGGCCUCAACCCGAUACCUCAGCCGCUCCAUUCCCUCCCUUCAGUCGGAGUGUGUUCGGUAUUAAAGCUGCAACUCUGCACUGAUCCUGAACCUGUCCUCCUGGCCCAUCGUUCUUUCUCCAUUCGCUGACAUCCAGCCUGCUAAGGAAACAAAAGGAAUUGAAUACAGCCAGAGGUGCUGGAACUGUAUCUGUAGAUCCAGUGUUAAAAUGCUCUGAAGGAAACUCAUAAUUAUCUAUUUUGAAAUAGAUGUGCUCUCUCUCUCUCUCUCUCUCUCUCUCUCUCUCUCUCUAUAUAUAUAUAUAUAUAUAUAUAUAGAUAGAUAGAUAGAUAGAUAUAUAUAGAUAGAUAGA